UUUACAUUUUCUCAUCCACCUCAUUCUGACCCUCUGCUGGUGUCAGAAGUGAGUUCUCUCUGGCGUGUGAGGACAAAAGUUCAUCUUGUCUUGAAAUCUAAAUGACAGGAGGCAGUGUGACUUUGUGCAAUAAAACCAUCAUGUGUGUAGUAAGAUGCGCCCGCCUGCACGGGGAGUCCCCACCAGAGGAGGUAAAAGAAGUUGGUGCUUCAGUGUGAGUGCACAGAGAGCUGCUGCUGCUGUGUGCACAGUGUCUGAGAGGCAGAGCUGAGCAGGACGCGCUCAGUCAUGACCGGGUGAGCAGGGAGACAGGAGCGCGAAGCGGAGCUGCAACACAUCCUCGCUCUGCAAACUUCUGCCAACAACAACCGAGACUUCACUUCACACUCUUUAUUUUGCUCUGAUGGAGAACUGUGCUGCAGUUUCAUGAUGCAGCAUCACAGGCUGGAUUUGGAGAAGACGCAGAGGCAGUGUGACUGGAUUACAUCUGGAUGAGAGGAAGUUUUUGCAGGAUUUAUAACCGGGCUCCUGUUGGCACUUUGUGGCUCUUAGGGCCCUGAUGAUUUGAUUUAUUAAUCUUGAAUGCCUGGUGUGAUUCUCGUCAAAGCGCACAGAGUCACAGCCUCUCGCUGUAAUGGCAAACCUCACCAUGGAUAACAUGACCGUGCUGAAUGACACGUCGGUGCAGGACAAUCACACCCUGGGCCAGUGGACAGACUACUCUGUAGAGUAUAAGGUGCUCAGUGUGUUCUUGGUGUGCCUCAUAUGCGGGGUGGGGAUCGUGGGGAAUGUAAUGGUCAUCCUGGUGGUGCUGACCACCAAACACAUGCGCACUCCCACCAACUGCUACCUGGUGAGCCUGGCCGUGGCUGACCUGAUGGUGCUGACGGCCGCCGGGCUGCCCAACAUCACCGACGCCCUGUACGGUCAGUGGGUGUACGGUUACGCGGGGUGCCUGGGGAUCACCUACUUGCAGUACCUGGGGAUAAACGCGUCCUCCUGCUCCAUCACCGCCUUCACCGUGGAGCGCUACAUCGCCAUCUGCCACCCGAUCAAGGCGCAGUUCCUGUGCACCCUGUCCAGGGCCAAGAGGAUCAUCCUGCUGGUGUGGGCGCUCACCUCGGUCUACUGCGUCAUGUGGCUCUUCCUGUCGGACACCAAAGAGUUGGUGUACGACAACACGGUGCUGCUCAGCUGCGCCUACAAAGUGUCCAGAAGUCACUACCUGCCCAUUUACUUCACGGACUUCGCGGUGUUCUACGUGCUGCCCCUCAUGCUGGCCACUGUUCUGUACGGGCUGAUCGCCAGGAUACUGUUCCUGAACCCGCUGCCGUCUGACCCAAAGGACGGCAGCACCAAGAAGUGGAAGAGGAAGAUGAGCCAGGGAGGGAGGAUGAUCAGCACCGGCGGCUCCAGCAGCACCACGGCGGCCUCCCGCAGACAGGUGACCAAGAUGCUGGCUGUGGUAGUGAUCCUCUUCGCCUUGCUGUGGAUGCCCUACCGGACCUUGGUGGUGGUCAACUCCUUCCUGGACAAGGCCUACCUGGACACCUGGUUCCUGCUCUUCUGUCGUCUCUGCAUCUACUUAAACAGUGCCAUCAACCCGGUCAUCUACAAUGCCAUGUCCCAGAAAUUCCGCACUGCUUUCAAGAAGCUGUGUCACUGCGGCCCCCAGCGCAUGGAGAAACCAGCCUCUUACAGUGUGGCACUCACCUACAGUGUCAUCAAGGAGACGUCCAAUGGUGAAAGUCCCGACCACUUCACUACAGAAAUGGACGAGAUCAACACACCAGCAGAUCAGUACCUACCCACCAAGAGGAUAACGUAUGAGGAGCCUUCCCUGUCUGGAAGUGAUGUCAAAGUAUGAAUAAAACCAAACACGCUUCACAGAUCAGCAGAUAUCAGAGACUGACAGCUGCAGUAUGGAUUCAGUCACCCAGUGGACAGUCCAGUCAGUUCUAAUUUCUCUGAGGUGUUUUCUCUCUGAAAUGUUUCUUGUAAUUGACAAGCCCAUUUACCAGAUGCAAGAUGGGAUGGAGAAAAAUGAGCUGCCUUGUAGAUUUUUAGUAUUCUUUACAGAAUCACUAAAAUUAGUUAUCAUGAGCUGUUUGGUACAUCUGCACAGCACUGAAGAGUAGAAAACACCUUUUUAAUGUAAAGUAGCUGGAAAGUGGGAAACAUGUUAUUGGAGAGUGUGAUGCACCAAACCCUUAUAGUAAAUGAUGUAAUGCAGAAACAUGUUUUGUAUAAACAUUAACCCAAACAGAAAAAAACUUUAUCAUCACAAAUUGGUUUGGUUAAAGCAGACUUCCUCCACAUUUACAGUAGCAGACUCUUACACCAAUGGAUAUUUUAGGGGUGGGUGUGUCAAUAUUUAUUAUUAAUAUAAGUUUACUUAAUCAUAUUCUGUUCAGCUAGAAUCUUCUAUGUAGGAAGAAGAAAAAUGAAAUUAAGAACAUAGUGUGGUUUGUUGCACAUGUGUUUUCUGAAUAUGAUGGUAAUGGGGAUAGGUGUAGCCAAAGUACCUCCACACCACACGCCUUUCUACCUCGUUUAUUCCCAACCGCUCUUUUAGGUUGCUGGAAGUGUUGAGCUUUUAUUUUCUCUGCG